AGCAUUUGUUAGUAACAUAACUACUAUAUUUUUCAUUUCGAGGAUGUAACCUAGGACUGAUUAUAUUCUCGAAAAGAGCUCCUCGCAGCUCGAGAUCCCGUGGACGAGUGCAAGUGCGAAUUGCAACCAUCAACGCAUUACGGACUUGGUGCAUCGCCAGGAAAAUUGCACGCUCCUCCUUGAUGACGUCGUAACUGCCAACGACCGGUCGACCAAUCGCCGCCCCUGCGUGGGAGGGAGGAAGAGGUAGGAAACAGGAUGGAGGGAGAGACAUUGAAAGGAGAGGAUAGAUAGGUGGAGCGAGGAAAGACCCGAUUGGUCCUACUCCCAGAGGAUAUCGUAGCCAUGGAAACUCUCGGCGAUGAGGAGAGUCUACUUCCAAAUAAAUGAUACCAGGGGAGGGAUACCUGGAGGGGCUGAUAGUUGGCUGAGGAAUCGAAUGACUAGAGAGACGUUGCGUCAGGAAUUUAUUCGAUUCUUGGCAAUGUCGCCAUUUCUGCUCCAAAAGAGACACAGAUGACGAGAGGCGUUUAGUAAGUCGAUCGAGGAGUGUCCUUUGCGAUUCAAACUUUCCUUGAUCGUGAAACUGUGAUAUUUUUAUUCAAGUACUUUAUAUUCGAUUGUUAUUCAAUAAUACAUGUUAGUGACAUAUUCUUCGUUGUUUGAUUCGCAGAAACCUCAAGAGGUCUCGAAAAAUCUUGUUAUUUUUUCAGCGUCUUCAAUAAUUUAAUUAAUGUUUAAAACUGAUAUCUGUAUUCCAAGAAGCAAUAGCGUUCUAUUUCAAAUCUAAUACUUGGACUCAUUAAUGAAGUUUAUCUAGCAGGCUGUGCCUUAGACGUGGCUCUAUUGACUCACUAUGUAUUUACAAAUCUAACGAAACUUCAGUCUCCACAAACAGUUCAGUUUCUUGGUAAUUCGUAGACCGCGGAUUUUAUGCAUUUAUGAUAUGAACUAAUAUAAUAAAUACAUCCAAAACAUAAUCAAAAGGUAUGUGCAUAAUAAAAAAAAAAAAAACGCGUGCCAGUACCGAGUGGAUGUUAAAUAAUAGAUAUUUUUCAUUCUUUGGUAAAUUUCAAUAAAUCUGUCCCCUCCCCUAAUAAUUUCAAGGAAACUGUUCGCCGCUCAUAACAUUCAAGUCACCUUCCCCCCAGAUGUCUCGCUCGGACCUUAAUUACCUCGAAUAUAUUUCGAAAAGAAAAACUUUUCUUCUGGCUACAUUCUGAAUUCGGUCAUGCGCAUUGCUGACAAUGAGUAUUUAACCGCUCGGUCGAAAGUUCCUGGCGAAGCCGCGCGGUCGCGGUCCUCUCCUCUCCGUUCCUCUGUCCCUUUCCCCUCGACCACUCGCACGAUCGGGAAGCAACAAGUGUUAGUGUUAACCAGCUCCUCGCCGUCGCCCCGCCCCCAACCAGCAGCCGUGGUCGGAGGAAUCGGUGGAAACUGCCCUGAGGCGAUGCAACCACCUCACUCGAGCGCCGAUCGCGCCAGCAUCCAGAAAUCAUCCUCGUCGUCGCAUAUCGGUUUCUCUAUCGCGCUCCGGCAUUUCCUCGCUUGGAAAACGAUACCGUGCCGCUACUUGGACGCAUUCGACCAAAUCCUCUUCGUAUACGCUGAAACAAAGUGCCAAGGAAGUGCCAUCUCGGCGAUUUGCCGAUUUCCCAAGCCUCCGAACACCCGAUUCCAUCGAUUUCUCAAGGACAACGCGAUUUAGACACCUGUGAGCUACCGACGGUGUAGCGUUCAGUGAGUUUCGUGCAAAGUAGCGUCUGUGAUUCGGUGAUCAAGUGCUCGGGGCCUGGUAUCUUAAGAAGAUACGACGAGAUCGUUUCGUGGCCCAGAGAAAGCGGAAGCAUCGUAAUCUGCCGGCGGUGAGGAGAAAGAAGAUCGAGAAAAAAAGUGUUCCAACGAUAGUGGUUCCUAGAAAUCGAAGAAGCUUGGAAUAUAUUCGCAACAGCUUCGCGUGGAACGUCGGUGUCGCGGAGAGAGGCCUGCCGAUAGCGUAAACGAAGAAAGGGAGCAAAACGUUCGCGGUUGCACAAAGAAGAACAGAUUAGGAGUGCCUGCGGAGCGACCGCGAGGAAAAAAGAGGACCGAGAUCUCGAGCACAGCCUGACUAUGCGAUCCCGCGGCGCAUUUGUUGCUCCGUGAUCGAGUGAAAAAUUCAUUGAAACCCUGCGACGUCGAUAACUCGCGUCAGAGAAAACUACAGAAGGAGCAUCGACGUCGUGGAAAGAAGUUGGCGAAACGGAAGUGACGCGUGUACCAUGAUAAAACGGUAACUUCGAUCGAAGAGAGUUCUCUGGAUCGAACGAUGAACGGUGCGCGAUAAACAUUAUAGAUUCGGUUCGUACAAGUUCGUCGCGCGUUUUUUCCGUUUGUUUUCUCGUUUUCCCUGUCGCGAACAAGGACAAGAUGAAGGACGUAAUGGGAGAGACGUCGGGUACCAUUUCGUCGAGCAAUGCUGGUAAUAAUAGCAACGGUAACGUGAACAACAAUGGAAUGGCAUCCGCUGUUGCGGCAGCUGUCGGUGCCAAUGGCGGCGAAAAGAUCAGCGCGGCGGUCACCAAGGUUCUUCAGGGAUACGACUGGACCCUGGUACCAGUUGCUACCAAGGGUUCCGGCGACAAAAGGGCGGCCCACGUGAAGAGGCCCAUGAACGCGUUCAUGGUGUGGGCCCAGGCUGCCAGGCGAAUCUUGGCCGAUCAGUACCCUCAGCUUCACAACGCAGAGCUCUCCAAGACCCUAGGGAAACUUUGGCGGUUGCUCACUGACAACGACAAGAAACCCUUCAUCGAGGAAGCUGAUCGCCUUCGCGUGAUCCAUAAACGCGAACAUCCCGAUUACAAGUACCAACCCCGUCGACGAAAACAGAAUGGACCGUCUGGAAGAGAAGGCUCACCCUCGAGGAACCAAAGCAACGUCACCUUCAACGUGUCCAGGCUGAAGCAGGAGCCUCCCCUGAAAACGGAGCACUCUCUGAAACAAGAGGACAUGAGUCCCAGGGGCGCGCAGAGCCUCAACUCGCCUCAGAGCGGAGACAGCUCGUCUCCACCUACUACCCCCAAUCAAGGACUCUCCCCACCGACCCCUCCUACCACUCCUCGAGGGCAACAUUUCGUCAAUCAGGGCAACCAGCCACAGCAGAACAGUACCAUCUACCAGCAGGAUCUCGUGUUGACGUCCUUGAACGACUCUCUGCAUCAGCAGCAAUGCGGAGUCGACUUCCGGUACAUCCAAGGUGGCGAGGAGCUUCCAAUCGAGGAUGGCCAACUGAACGGACUGGGAACCCUGGGAGGUGUUGGUCUGAACAUUCCCCUGAAUCUACAGGAGUGCGAGGUCGAGAGCAACGAGCUAGAUCAAUACCUUCGACCUCAGGCGCCACUGGUCCACUCAUCUACCCCAACGACCACCUCAUCCCCGUGGAUAUUCAACAGAUACGAGGAGGAGGAGAGACCGAACAAACGGCACUGCUCGGAGCAGACGAUUCUCGAGUCGUCCUGGGACGACAGGCCCCAGGAGAUGGUCAGGUACCACGAACUCCAACCACCCUUGCCCUCGAUGCAGUACAUAUCCUCUUCCCACAACGCGCACUACUCGCACGCAGGUACGCAGAUGAGCCACCCCCACGUGUCAACGUCUUACGCGCAAUACCAACGUUACGUACCUGGCAUCGAAGCUUGGGCCCACUACAUGUAGAGUAAACCUAAUCUAAUAUCGCGGAGAGUAAUAGCACCAUGUCGCUAUCAGUCCAGUCACUUGACGAAAAUAUUCUUAUCAUCCAGCUGAAUUUUUUACACUUUCAUUUAAUCGUUGCAGACAAGGUGUAAAUAAAAUAGCGAAUCGUUGCGUGGAUUACAUUUUGUUCAGGUUCCAAUAGUUUUUCAGUUUUUUUGUGUAGGGUCAAUAGUUUAUAACGAUGAAAAAUUGGAAUGGGAGUGACUGGACUAUAUCGUUGAAGAAUCGUCUUUGAGCGUCCAAUCGGGGACGUCGGAAAAUAGCCAAAUAUGCGAAGCAGUUAACGAUUAAUUGUAGCGUUAGGUGUUUUAUGUUUAAGAACGCGAGAAGGGGGGGGGGGUAUAGUGUCCGUGAUUUUGUCACACGAACAGCGCAGAAACUCGGUGGCUACUUCGUUUCAGGAAUGCUUGAAGUCAUCUAAAAAGCAAAUACUCGAGCAGGAGCGAAUCUAGACUUUCGAAACGCGAAGCUUAUGAUUUUUAGGGAUGCUUCUCUUUUAUCUGAAAUGCUUUUACUAUGGGACAAAUGUUAUUGAUCAGUGGAAUAAUUAUUAUUCCUCCGAUAGUGGAAAUAAAAGUUAUAUGUGAAUAUAAAUUUAUUUAGAAACUAUAUUAUUUGAAAUUGUUUAAUAUGCAUUGCUUCUUUAAAAAGAAAAAUUCUUCUUUUUCUUUAGAGGCUCUAAUAAUUUGAUCAGUGACUUUAGAUAAUCAAUCAAUAUUUGUUAAAUCGAGUAAAUCACAGCUUCGAAGCUCCUGGGUGCCAUAAACUUCGCUAGUUGAGUCAAUGCCAUCAAAAUUCGAGAAUCUUCGAGUUUCUGAUGUCUGACCAUAACAUCAUCAGGCAAUACGCGUUACAGGGGAUCGAGAAAGCGAUACGCGUUCGCGUGCACGGCAUAGCAGAGGCACGAUCUUACUCCAUGACAUCAUUCCAUGACAGCCGGCCAUUCCAAAGCGCAGAAUUUCAGGCUAAAUAAACAGUCCGCUCGAUACGGUGCCCCGCGGCGAUCCAAAUAUAAUAAGUAUAUAAGGCACGAACUAUAAACUGACCGCUAGCGAAUCGUGCAGUUUGUUAUGCGCCACGUGUACCAAAGUGUACGGCACACUCUUCAAAUAAACUCGCGAAACUCGAUCGGUCGCAAUAUCCACGUGGCGGAGAUUUAUUUGAAACUAGGAGGAAAAACGGGUGGACCUUGAACCCGUCUUCGAGGAUCGAGUUUGCAUCGUGUAGAGUCGCUAUUGCACUCGAAAUGCAUCGAAAGCUUCUAAUGAAAAGCAUCUAAUGAAACACCAAUGAUUAAUUUAUUAUCAUAUGUAUAUUUAUUAUUGAGAUCCACGAAAAUCCCAUUUCAUUGUUAAUUUUGAAAUCGAGGAGAUGUCCAUCUUAAUCGAUAUUAAUAACGUUUUAUUAUUUACAAUAUUAUUCAAAAAUUGUAACAUAAUAACUUAGUUAUCAAAGUGCACGCAAAGUUAUUAAAGAAAUCAUACAAACCAAAAAGCUGUUUAUCUACCAUUCGUUGGAUAAACCUUACAUCCAGAUUAGAGAUUGUUCAUCCCUGACAAUUUUGUAAUUUAUCCAAAAAGGGAAGAUCGUGGCGCCGUAUCGAGCUAUCGGCAACGAAUUCAACGACUAUCAAAGCACGCUAGGUCACGUAAUUAACGCAGAUGCUUAACCUCUAUUCGUUACUACGCUGACAGUCGUGCUUUUGUACUUAGCAUAUUUAUUUUACCGCGUAUAAAGAGCCCACUAAAGCGUAGAUGAUCAGUCGUAAUAUGUGAGCGUUAUUACGAGCGUUUAAAGGCUAAUUUAUACACAUAAGUGUCCGACGAUGUAUUCUAAUUUUUAGGAAUAAA